AUGGCGUCGUGGCUGCCGGAGACUCUGUUCGAAAUUGUAGGACAAGGCCCAGCGCCGAGCAAAGACUAUUACCAGUUAUUGGUCACCCGGUCCCAGGCAAUCUUUAGAUGGUGGAAGAUCUCUCUGAGGAGUGAGUAUCGAUCAGCAAAGCCUGGAGAAGCAAAAGACUCUCAUGAAGAGUUCCUAGAGAAUUCCCACCUUCAAGUCCAAAUUGCCUUAAUAUUUGGUGCAAGAAUAUUAGACUAUGUCUUCAAUUUAUGUGAAGGUAAAUUUGACUUCCUUGAACGGCUCUCAGACAAUCUGCUCCUGAAUAUCAUUUCUUAUCUGGAUCUUGAAGAUAUUGCCAGGCUUUCUCAAACAUCACGCAGAUUUGCGCAGCUGUGCACAUCGGACAAACUGUGGGAGAAGAUAGUGGAGUCCGCCUGUGACACCAUCACACCGGACAUGCGUGCCCUGGCCGAGGACGUGGGCUGGAGACAGAUGUUCUUCACCAGUAAGCUGCAGCUCCAGCGACGGCUUCGCAAGAGGAAACAUAGACAAGGAAGCCAGAGAGACAGUCAAUUUUAGGGACACAUUUUCUUACCUGCGGCGGGGGUGGGGGUUGAGGCCUGGCGGUAAUUCCCUUUUGUGUCCAAAUCUCUUCCGUUUCCUUCGACUAAGAACUCGGAUUUGAACUUGCUGCUUCAAGGAGCCAUCGGGAAAGCCUCCUGGGUUUGCACACACAGGCCACCCAACCCGACGAGGCAGGGCCUUGCCUGAACCACAGUCCCCCUGUAGGAGGGUCCAAUUCGUGGCCCCCACAAAGGGCUGAGGGACAGGAAGCCGAGACACCUGUAAGAAAAGAGGCUUCUGAUGUACAGAAACAAACAAUAAAUGAUUACUCACAGAUUUUU